UCGGUACGUUUUCAAUCCAAACAUACCCCGUCCUAAUCCCGUCGUAUCCGCUGACCAUCUUCUAGGCCCCUGCGGUUGAGGAAAAGCCAGUCGUCCUCGGCAAAACUAAGUCCGGACGUGUCACCAAGUCUAAAGCCCCUGCUGCCACCGUAACGAAGAAGGCGAAGACGACAACCAAGAAAGCCCCAGCGAAGAAGGCCACUCCCAAGAAGAAAGAAGAGAAUGCAUAGGCGUUUCUUCUUCUCGAUGUUUCUCUCUCCAUAUUUCUGUCGGCGCCUAUGAUUCUGCCGAGAGCGCACGGCCAUGACUCUGUAUCUCGUCUUAUUACAUACCUCGAGCUGUGUAUGCGGUUCCGGCGUCGUUGGCGCACUGAUCCAUGGACGGAAAACCGACGGGGUGUGCUGGAUGGGACUUCCGUCAUCCGUGACGUGGGAGUCUCUUAUGUUAUGACAUGGUCUUUGCUCGCGGUCUGUUUUUUUUAUGUCUUUUGGGGUUCGGGUUCAUGUGCGGUCGGGUCAAAUGCGGGUGGGGCUGUAUUACAUAGGGACUCGAUAUUGAUGGUUUCCUUUUUUCCGGUGCAGUGGGCAUGGUUAUGGCUGACUAUGGGGAUAAUUCAUUACCCGUUCAACAUACUCAGGAAUGACAUGCUGCACUCUUUUCAUGACUCCUUCCUCUCGAUGCUCAAAUCGCGGUGAUGUGAAUGCCUCGCCAAGUAUCCGGCGUCGACUUAGAGUACCGAGAUCGGCUGUUUGUGCUUUGCGUCCGUCCAUCCCAUGCUCCAUGCUCCAUGCUUCCGAGAUGCAGGUAU